AUGGAUGCGACGCCCACACAAGCACAGCUGGCCGCGGCCAGGUUGAAUCCCGAGGCAUUGCAGCACAACACUUCCCAGCUCUAUUAGUGAGUCGCUUCGUCGCUUCGUCGCUACAUGCAUUGCGCUAGCCAUCGUCUUACGGAGAGCUUUACCGCUCCUCAAAUUUCCAGUGUGCGCUCCAUUUUGCUCUCCGUUGCUGGCUCGGCAGCUGGCGUGCUGGGCUUGCGAACCUGGGCAGGAUUGUUGGUCUACCUCUCUGCCUUGGUCCUCACCAACAUCCUCCUCGUCCUUCUGCUAGCCAAUCCUUCUCGACCUCAAGCGCAUCUGCACUCAUUUGCACUCAAAACUAACGCACCGACCGGAAGGGCAGGUGGAUCCAGCGCCGGAACGCUAGCGCUAGCUUGGGUCGGUUGGCUUUUCGAAGGAGCGCAGGAGUUUGGCUUCAGCUUUGUGCUCUGGUGGACGUUGUGGAGCGCUUUGGUGCAUGGUGAGUCGAUGACGGGAAGUGUCUCGCUGGAGUAGGCUCGACGCCAUCAACAGCGCAAGCGCUGCCAGGACCCAACAUGUCUGGGUAUGCUCCUUCCAGUGCAUGUACGCGAGCUGACUACGAAUUCUCUCCUCGCUCGCUGAUGCAGUAUACGACUAG